AUGGAACUUCGAGAUAGUUGUUUAAUGACUUAUUCGGGCAUGCCGAACGAAGAAGAUCCACAUAUACGUGGUGUAAGAUUUUAUGUUACAAAACGCCUAAAGUAUGGUAAUAAGUUGAAAGAGUAUAUCAAAAAGAAUUAUGACUUUGAGAUAAAAGGAGACUUUAAUGCAAAGGUUGGAAGAAGAGAAGUUCAUGGAGUUGUGGGCCAGUAUGGACUAGGUGAAAGAAAUGAUAGAGGAGAUCGACUAAUACAAUUCUGUCAAGAAUAUAAAUUAAAGAUUUCAAAUACUAUGUUCAAUCUACCACCUCGUAGACUAUAUACAUGGAAAUCUCCAUCUGACACUCCUGAUAACAUUAUCAGAAAUCAAAUAGACUUCAUCCUAAUUAAUGAUCGUUUUUGCUCUUCAGUUAAGAAAGUUACAACUUACCCGGGGGCAGAUGUACCAUCUGAUCAUAAUCUUCUAAUGGCGAAAAUUUGCAUAAGAUUAGCAUCAAAUCGCAAAAAGAAACCAAGCCUUAAACUCAACUUAGAAAAACUACGAAAUGAUGAAAUAUGGAACCUAAAUAAUACAUGGGAGCAACUCAAGACAACGAUUACAUCUUCAUCGAAAGAAAUUCUUGGAUCAUAUAGGAAAGAAAUAAAAAAUCAUUGGAUGACCGAAGAUAUAGCGAAAUUGAUAAAUGAACGUCGUCAGUAUAAAAAUACACAACAAGAUCUAUAUUGGCAAUUAAACAGAGACAUCAGAAGUAAGAUCCGUACAGCAAAAACAGUUUGGUUAAAUAAUGAAUGCCAAGAAAUUGAACGAUUGCAAUCACUACAUGAUAACUUCAAUCUACACAAAAAACUAAAACAGACUGUAGGAAUUUAUCGAAAAAACUCUCCUUCAUUUCUCAUUAGUGAUGACAAUGAAAUAGUUUUUGACAUAAAUGAAAAGAAAAGAAUUUGGAAAACAUAUACUGAAAACGUUUUUUCUGAUAGCACUAGACUAAAUAAUGAUAUUUAUUUUACAAGUAUGCCAACUGGAAUGUACAUAACUAAAGACGAAGUCAAAAAACCUAUACAAUCGAUGAAAAACAAUAAGGCAAAUGGCCCAAACGAGAUUCCAUCUGAAAUUUUGAUAUUAAUUGAUGAAGAAAAUACUAAUCUAUUAGUAAAAUUGUUUAAUCAUGUAUACGAUACUGGACAUUAUCCCGACGACUGGGUAAAAUCUACCUUUCUAACACUGCCUAAGAAGAAAAAUGCAAAAAAAUGUAGUGAAUACAGACUUAUCAGCCUUAUGUCACAUGCUGUAAAAAUUAUUCUAAAAAUUAUACACGGCAGAAUAUACAUACAAAAAAUGCGAAGAAGUGAUGGGGAAAUCACAAUUUGGUUUUAA